AUGCACAAGGCGAGAGCGGUGACACCUCGGCCGGAUCAAAGCGCUGGAGUCGCAGCGUCGCGCCCUGCUCGUGCUGUGGCUUCCAGCACCUUCCAAUUCGUCACCGCCAUCCCCACCUCCGACGCCGAACGCUCCCAGAACAAGGUGCUUGUUCGAUCCAAUGCUUCGAAUUACCAUUGGCGGCGAGUCAAGAAAGAUGUGGAUGGAGCCCCAAGUCGACCGGUAGCAAGGCGUCGCUCUUCCAACCACGGCCAGCGCCAGGGCAAAUCCUCAAAGAAAGCGCGUGCUCCUACCACUCCCCAGACGACCGGGUCCUCCUCCACAGAAAGCGAAGGUUCAUCACCGCAGAUAGAGGAGGACCUCGUGGAAUCCAUCACAGAUUCGCCCGUCGCAGGAGGCGAACUAGUCUCAUUCUCGCCCAACAGCCUGUCGGCCUUGAUCGUAUCUGGCCACCAUGAUCCCUUUGAACAAUAUCCCUGUGAGCUGCCGAAGGAAUUUGUCAGUCCUGUCCUGGACCAAGUGAACAGCUUCCUGUCAUUGAUGUUUCCACCCGAGAAGGGCCAAACCCUGAACCCACACUCCGAGAAAUGGCUUCAGAUGACAUUCCACGAUCGGACGCUUUUCCACGCCUCGAUGUUCUGUCAGCUCACGCGCAAUCGAGUUUUCUUCUCCUCCCCACCCGAGUCCCGAGAGCAGAUGCAGUGUUAUACGGAAACCAUUCGAGGGGUCCACCAGAAGUUCGCCGACAGUUCCAUGAGCUGCGAGGAUGAGAAUAUCCUGGCAGUGUAUGCUCUAUCUUAUCACGGGGAGCCUCGAUCCCAACGCCCGGCGGCCGCACCCACACAAGGGCCAUUGACUACUUUGCAACUCCUCCAUCUAUACGGGGGCCGACUCCACACGGUUAAUGUACAUUUACAGGGGCUUGCCAGAAUGUUGACCCUUCGCGGCGGCCUGGCUCAGAUCAAACUCCCGGGCUUAGCACAGGCUAUCUCAUUCGGAGAUAUUAUUCUAGCCAGCCAAACCUUGACCAGACCGAUGCUGCCAUAUGAGCAGAUGGGAGACGAUGUCAUUGGGCCUCUGAACCUAGCGUCCAGGAAGAACCAUCCGCUGGUCGGCCUCGGCAGGGGAUUUCGAGUUCUCCCAGAGUUGCUAGGCCACGAGACUGUGGACCACCUUCUGAUCGUCCUGAAAUGGAUCAUCCAGUACACAUUUGCUGUGGAUGAUCAUGUCAAGAACAGACCGGAAGCUCAGAAACUGGGAUGCAUCUCCGACGAGAGAAAUUUUGUCCAGCACAGCCUGAUGCUGUUGACGCCGCUCCCUUCAGAAGUAGAGGACGAACACCCAUUAAUCAGACUUGCGCGGCUGGGCACGGUGGUAUAUAGCCUGCUCGUGGUGUUUCCGCUUCCGGCAAUUGCUGCACCGUUUCACCAACUGGCGCACGACAUCAAGGCACGGCUUCUCGACCCAGCGAUCCAAGGUUGGUGGGGCGAAGCAUCUGACCUGAUAAUGUGGGCGACUGUGAUGGGUGCGAUCGCGGCUAUAGGAUAUCCGGAGCGACAGUGGUAUCGCACCAUCCUGGACGAAUUCACUCGACAGGUCGGGGUCGAGAGCUGGCCAAGUAUGAGAGAUCGGUUAGGUAUGUUUUUGUGGUAUGAGUAUACGAAUGACGCCGACGGGCUCAAACUAUGGACGGAAAUCGAGGAAUCCAACCUGUUCAGAGUCCCGAAGUAG